GAUCUCUGCCAUUCCCGUGAGCGCGGGCACGCCGCGCGUCGCAGUUCGCUCGCGAAGCUUCUUUUAACUGAAAUAAACUAUGUUUUAAUUUAUGAAUUUGACUAAAUGUAUUGUAUAUAUAUUUGUAGAGCUGUUAGGAGUUCUGUGAACAUAGAUACCGCGUCUCGCUCGUGACUGACGGUAAGUUUGACCGCGUUAAUCGGUCUGUCAGAUGGAGUUGUUCUGUCACGAGCAUGUCGAACCGGACUCGAGCUCCAAACCGGUUCGCGCGUUCAGAGACGCGGUUCUGACCCGAGACUCGCGCGUCUGUCGGAACCUGCUGAGCUCGGAGAGACCGAGCUUCAAACCCGGUACCGAGCCGACCGACGAGCAGCGCUACGUUCGCCCAAUCCUAACGGGAUGGAUGCUGCAGGUGUGUGAGGAUCAGAAGUGUGAGGAGGAGGUGUUUCCUCUGGCCGUCCAUUACCUGGACAGGUACAUGUCCCAGAAUGCCGUGCACAGGUGCCGUCUGCAGCUGCUGGGGUGCGUCUGCAUGUUCCUGGCCUCCAAACUCAGGGAAUCGGUUCCUCUGAGCGCCGCCAAGCUGUGCGUCUACACGGACCACACCGUCUCCGUCCCAGAGAUCCUGCAGUGGGAGGUGAUGCUGGUGUCUCGUCUGGACUGGGAUCUGGCUGUGGUUCUGCCGUCUGACUUCCUGGAGCCGCUGCUGGAGACGCUGCCUCUGAGCGCCGAGGACUCGGCUUCGGUCCGGAGACACGCGCUCUCCUACAUCGCUCUGAGCUCCACAGAGCUGAAGUUCUCGGGCCUGGCUCCGUCUGCGGUGGCCUGCUCGUGUGUGACGGCGGCGGUGGUCAGACUGGACGUCCUGAAGAGCCAGUACAGCACCGACGGCCUGCUGCAGCUGCUGAGGGACGUCCUGGACACAGACCUGGUGUCUCUGCGCUCCUGUCUCUCGUCGCUGGAGGACACCAUCCGUCACAUGCUCCCGUCUCCACCCGAGCAGCACCUCACGCUCUGACAGAGCCUCUCCCGUGGCUUCUCGUGUUCUCCUCCUGUUGUUGACGGUUCCGGUACAUUAGCGUUUGUUGGCCACGUUCGCUUCAGGUUUAAUGUUCCGCACCCAAGCAAAUAUUUGCUUUGUCAGGAAACCUUCGCCCUUUCAGACACACACAGCAUUUAUUUCAUGUGCUCUUCUUGCGUUAUUGAUAGACUCUUUUAAAAUUUUAAAGACACGUGUGAAAAUAAACAGGACUUGAUGUGAAUGCUGAAUGGUUUUAAUGUGCUGGUUUGAGCAGAAGUCAAAAGAUCAACUGAAUGCUUAUGUUCUUCAUCUAUUAAAUUUUAUAAUAAUUAAAACUAGCAUACAUUUAAUUCAGA